UACACAGCGCACAUCUGCAGCUUCUCUGCUCCCUUAUCACAACUCAGUUUGCAAUAAGACUGUAUCGGAUCUAAAGGAUUAUCUUAUCAUUUUGCCCCAAAGCCAAAGCGACAUAAACUCAAAGCCAUUCGACUUUUCUGUGCUCAACAAUCAGCAUUUUAUUGGUUUAUUUCCUCGAAGAAACCCUCACAGAUCGGAUAAAUCAUUAGAGAAAAUGAUGAACAACAGAGAUCGCUGGAAGGUGUACAAGAGGGUGAGUGUCAUGUUUUUCCUGGCAGUGGUGGCUCUUACUGUCGUCCAGAGAGGGAGCAUCAAUAUGGGGGCUUCGUUUGAACUCGAGAGGCAGGCUCGCAUGGAUGCCUCUGAGGAAGUGGAGUCUGGUGCUGCCCUGCAAAAGAGGACAGAUUCCUACCUGGGGAUGAAAAGCUUCUGGAAGGUUAGCAAACACCAACCACUGCCUCGAUCUCGGGCCACCACACAGAAACCCAGCGUCACUGAGGACAACAGCCCCAGAACCUGGGAUGUAGCCAGCUCCAACUGCAGCGCCAACCUCAAUCUCUCUGGCCAGGAUUGGUUCAGGGGCCUGGAGAACAAUUUCAAGCAGUUCAUGCUUUAUCGACACUGUCGUUACUUCCCCAUGCUCCUCAACCACCCAGAUAAGUGCUCAGGUGAGAUAUAUUUACUCAUGGUAAUUAAAUCGGUGGCCACCCAGCACGACCGCAGGGAAGUCAUUCGAAAAACCUGGGGUAAAGAGCAGGUGGUGGACGGCAAGAGGAUAAAGACCCUCUUCCUUCUUGGUAAACCUUCCAAUGAGGCGGAGAGAGCAAAUCAUCAGAAGCUUGUGGAGUAUGAGGACUACAUCUACAGGGAUAUCCUCCAAUGGGACUUCUUGGAUAGCUUCUUCAACCUCACGCUCAAGGAGACCCACUUCCUCAAGUGGUUCCACACUUACUGCCCAAGAGUGCGCUAUGUCUUCAAGGGGGACGAUGAUGUCUUUGUCAGCGUAGAGAACAUUGUUGAGUUCUUAGAAAGCAGCAACCAUGCAAAGAACCUGUUUGUCGGGGAUGUGAUUUUCAAGGCUAGGCCCAUUCGUAAGAAAGAGAACAAAUACUACAUCCCCCAGGCUUUGUAUAGUAAGACACACUACCCUCCAUAUGCAGGCGGAGGGGGUUUUCUGAUGGAUGGCACCCUGGCGAGGAGGCUUCACUGGGUCGCAGACACCCUGGAGCUCUACCCCAUUGAUGAUGUCUUCUUGGGCAUGUGUCUGGAGGUGCUUCAGGUCACUCCUAUAAAACACAAUGCCUUUAAGACGUUUGGCCUGGUGAGAAAUAAGAACAGUAAGUUGAACAGAGAACCUUGUUUCUUUAAGAGCAUGAUUGUCGUGCACAAGCUGCUCCCUUCGGACCUCAUGCACAUGUGGAAUCUGGUCAACAGUGACCUGGUCUGCUCGCAGAAAGUGGAGAUCCUAUAGCUUGACAAAAGCACCGAGUAAGGACAGCGCUGACAAGCUGAGCUGAACCUCGGUGGAUGCUAGUAUGAAAGUAAAGUCAAAAGUAAAUGUUAACAGCUCUGUUAACUCUCCUUUCUGUGGAGAGGGACCAGGACGGUAUUUGCAUUCACUGUUUCUGUGCAGUAAUGUGAUUUUUGGAGGAGCUUCCUUAAAAGUUAAGUAAAUUAUACAGAGUUUUAUAAGUUGAAAUUAGAAUUGUGUAUUUAUAUUGGCAUUUUGAAGGUCUCACACUGUCGGCACACAGAUUCAGAGACAAUAACCAAAGUGACUUGCCCUUCAGUAACAGGCUUCUUACACUGUUGCACCAUCAGACCCCCUCCCACCCCACCCCCAGUAAACACCUAUUAUUCUGUUUUUUUAUCAGCCAAGAACCUGAGAAUCUUGUGGCAGUGAGCUGACACCGAAUCACCAAUUAUAACACACCCCUUAAUGUGAAUACACAUCAAAUAUUUGGGUAAUAUUGAUGAUGAGGACAAGUGGUAAACAAAUGAUGAAUAUGUUUUAUCUGCUGUAGCAUAAUGUGUUUUUGGAUUGUUCAAAGGGAAAUAAUGCAUGAUUUAGUUUUAUCUAAAGGAAGAAAAGGGUUAGUAUUAUUGGUCCCCUAGAGGCCUGGGUCUGAAAGCCAUUGCACAUACUGCACAGCUGCUAGAUAUGCUAGCAUUUUGGGUUUGUACAAAGUCUUUCACAGUACUUCCACUUGGACCAGCAGAGCAAGCUGCAGUGGAUUAAAAUGUUUUCAAGCAAGAGAAAGAAUCUCUCUACCUCAGUGAUUCGGUCCAAAACUUUCAAUGUCAUCAGAAAUCACCUUUCCUACAGGAAACCAUUGUCUGCAUAUACAUAUUCCUAAAGUAAGAUUUUAAUCACUUUUUUAUUGUAGAGGUCCUUGCACUCAUUUUUUUUGGAAUGUGACUGACUUGAUCUGGACGUCUACUACUCCUAUACUACUGGAAACUUUAAAAAAAAAAAAAAAAAAGUCUAAACUUGUGAUAUGUAUGCUGUCAAUGGAUUUGAAUGUGCUGAUAUACUUGACAUGAAUUUGGUAGAAGGUUUACAAUGACAUUACGAACUAAAACUAUUGCUGGUACGAGUGUAUGACAUGUUAAUUUAACAAAAUGGGGGCAAAUGUGGGGUUCUUUUAUUUAAUUUAAAGCAUCAGAUGAGCAUAUUAACGGAAUGUUCAAUGAUUAUUAAGCGGAACAUUGUGGGUAUAGUGGGUGAUGAUUAUGUCUAGGUAAUGUAAAUAUACUGUAUGUUAACAUUAAAAUGUACAUAAAAUGUCAUUUGUAAAUAAACGUCUAAAAUAAGCUUUGGUCAUAACACUUGUCUUUUCAAAUCUGUCCUAGAUUGGCUGUUUUUGUGUUUGGACUUAUCAGCAUCCAACAUCAAUGUGAAAAUCCAUAACAGGUCACCCAACAAUAGUGUCCAGUGUUGACAUGUGGGUAUCAGUUACGCAACUAAAGAAAACAUAAAUCCUCAAACAACCAUGCAGGUAACAACGGUGUACUCCAAACAACAUGUAAGAGUUCAUAUUAUCAAUGUUCAGCAACUUAACCCAAGUGUCUGUUCUGUUUUCUCUAGUGUCUGCCUGUGAUAUCAAAGAACUGUCACUUGUGUAAAUUAUACACUGUUUGAAUAGAAAAGACAGCUGCGUUAUAACUUUUAAAGAACAUUCAUAUUGAGCCAAAAGAAAUAUGAAACAACUUUCUCUGAUAACCUUUUGUUAUUUGGUAUGGGAAUCCUUUUUUUUCAAUGCAUAUUUUGUAUUAGUUUCCAGAAAGCAAGUGCACAUGCUUCUGACUGGUGUGACAUUUCACACUGUUUAUGUUUCCCCUGUAAAAUAGUGUGUCUUUUCACUUAGCAAAACCGCUGAGACUUUUAUUACCAGACAACAGUGAAGAAAUUGUUCGGAGCUUUAAGUUGGCCCAAAAAGACAAAGAGGGCAUCACAAAACAAAAGGAAUACCUUCCUGUUGUUCUUUACAAUCACUGUCAGGACAAAGACUAUCUAGCCACACAGAAACUGAAUCUUCUCUAUAUUGUGUUUCAUGAGGGGUGCACUCGCCAACACAGAAGCAUAGCUUAAUAAAGAUAACAUCCAUACAGUUGAACCAGCACAAAAUUAACAUUUCAAAACUAAAUAAAAUCAAUUGACUGAACACAACUGAACACAAAAAUUAGUUAAUGUCAUAGCGGUCACUAUAUCUGGCUGUUACAUAUUUGUCACAUGCUGUACUUUAAGCAGUUCCUGUAUAAGUACGUUAGGAUGCAAUAAGUUUUAUAGCAGGAAGUCACAGUUUUAAGUGUGUAAUUCAUGUCAGUGUCACUUCCUCCAAGCUCUGGCUGACAAACCCGAUAGAAGAAAGCAAUAUAAAACCAACAGACAGAACUUAUUUCAACAUUCAUUUGGGCACCUGACUAUUGUUAUAAGAAAGACUUGAAAAAUUGUGAACCUGUUCUUUAAAGUAGUCUCAUUGAAUGUCCUGAGACACUUUUUCUCUGCCUUUAGGUGACAGGUGAACUCAUUCUGAGGUUUUCUCAGCCAAAAUGUAAGUUUGGUGUCCAUAGGUUAAAAAAAAACCCUGCUAGCUUUGUGGCAGGGAGAACAGACUUAUCAACCACCAGCCAAAAUUUACUGUCAUCUAGUGUAAAGUUCCCACUUCAGUGAUGAUAUUUGACUCAGUGUGGGUACACACCCAGCUUUCCAACCUGUCUGCAGACCAGGAGCUGUGUAUUUGUUGACACUAAUUGGAGGAAGCUUUUGAUGUCAGCAUGGUCAUUGGGGUUGGCUGGAAGGGGCUGCAAGCUUUCACACUAUCCCUCUAUUUUUUUUUUCCAAAGGCCUCUGGAACACCAUCAUUGGCACGGCUAAAGAUGGGAAUGUUGUUGCUUGGGCUAAAAUUAAAAAGAACAUUCCUCAACCUACAGGCGGCCAACUAGCCUUUCUAUCAACUCAGGCAUCACAGAAUAUCUCAUACAGUGUAAAAGUACAGUACAGUAGAGUUAUUACAAAUUCUGUAUAGCCUACUCUAGUUUACAUUACUGUGUCUUAGAUCACCACGUGUCUUACCUCCACUAGUAAAUUGAUUUAUUUUUAAUGGAUUAUGCAAGUCUCUGCAAGUCUUUAUACUGAAAUAAAUGGAAACCAACGGCUGCCUGGAAGAUUGGAAAACAGAUUCUAAAAAGAAAGCAUGCAAAAACAUGUGUAUGGUCCUUUUGAAAAAAGCCUGAACUGAGGAAGUAAAUAAUCACCAUAAACACCAGUGGAUGAGAAUGAAAAAUAUGCCAUUCCCUGCUGCAGUUAAAGCAUUCAUGACUAUUAAUUGUACACUAACUAUGGAGCUAGAGGAGGCGGCUAAGAUAGCGCAGGAUAAAGACUAGAAACAGAAGGAAACAAAAUCUACCUACCAGCAUCAUAAAGCUCAAUAAUUAACUCAGAUGGUGUGACUAUUUCUUGUGAAAUAGAGAUAAAAGUUUAAAGGUUUUUUAUUUGGCAGAUUUUAUUGCCUUUAAAUAGAACCAGGCUACCUGUUUCAGUCUUUUAUUCACUGAGCGCUAUCAAUCUUCUCAUCUAAUUAUUGGCAAGAAAGUGAAUAAGCACAGUCCCCAAAAUGUCGAAUUGUUCUUUAAAGAGCCAUGCCUGAGGGUGACAAAAAAUUGCUCUCGUCACAAAGUACCAGUAAAUAGCACAAGGGGUAAGUGAAAAAAGGAUGUUAUUUUGUGAGACUGACCCUUUAGGAAGAAAUUCAGCAUUGUCACGAUGUAAUUGUGGUUUAGUGUCCACACCUAAAGGCAUGUAACAGUGACAUGACUCUUCAAACAACAAAACUGUUCAGUUGACAAAGGAAUCGUAUGUUAACAUCAUGCAAAUACAAAUAUGAACAUUACUGUCAACAUUGGAGUCCAUAUGACUCAACUACAGUAAAUUCUAGGCACUCCAGACGAAAUGCUCGUUACAAUCCAUGUUUGAGGUUCUUGUCCACUUUAUGACACUGGCAAUGAUCCAAUCUGUACUGUAACAGCAGCAAUAAAGAGCUUAUCUCUUAUCUUCUGGGCUACUGAUAUAAGCAGUUACAGUAAGUUUUCUUCCUUUUUGUCAUUUCUUAAUCUUCUGACAUACAUCAAGGAAAUGUGAAGAAGAUAGAGUCUUAUUCCUUCUCAGCUACAUGGACAGUGUAUUCCCUGACUCCCCAUAUCACACUGGAAAAGAGGCCAAGGCGAUGCAACUUCAUAGUACAUCUGUGCCAUAGGACACCAUGUACUUGACAAAGAUCCAUUGUGAAGAGGACUCUCUGAGCAGUUUACUCCCAUUUAAAGAGGACCCUAUUUAGAUCAGCCACUGCGCAAAUGAGAUAAAGUAUCAGUCUCUGUCCUCUCUGCUCUUAACAAUGCCCUAUUGACUCAGUGUCAAGCUGUGUUAAAGCAGUUAAUGCUUUCAUGCACGGUUUGACAAUUAUCAGUGAAAAAUCUAAAAUCAAAGGAUAAAAUCUCAGCACACUCACUCUCAGAAUCAUAUUCUUACCCAUAGCUUCUUCUAUCACUGAAAACUUUUCAUAGGACUUCUCUCUUAAAUAUUACUAGACAGCUAGCUGUACUGAAAAAAAAGGACCCAAAGGUGAACUCAAAUAAAAGAUAAAGAACACAGAUCAUUUGAGACAGCUGACAUAACGCCACAGAGAAAAGCUAGCAUGACCUCUGUCACUGUUCAAGGCGGGGGGCAACAAAUCUCUAAAUGGAGGUAUUCAGUGGUCCCAUCAUCAGUGCUUCCCGCCCAGGCACCUUCAGGAACAAAGAUCCUGUUCAGCUACCAGAGCCACGGGAGCCACGGAUGACAGCGUACCACUGUCCCCUGUCUGCUAGUGUCACUGACAAGAGAGACCUGCCCAGCAGCUCAGGGUCACUGUAAAUCAAGUGGCACCGAGUCCUCACUGCCAUUUCUUGACAGUGAGACAUCAGAACACACUGACAGUUUGUUUUCUAAGUGUCAAAUAGCUUCAUCUGUAUAUAGACACUGUAAUUUUAUUUUUUUUUACCUGCUUGCCUGUAAUAAUUGCUGUGUUUAUGUUGGUUUACCUUUGUUAACCUUGUUGCAGCUGGUAGUCUAUGUGCAUCUUCUUGUACAUUUAUUCUUGGCACUGUGUGCAAGUAUACUGACAGCCAACAGCAACAUGAGUUAAUUCCUUGUACACCUCAACAUACUUGGCCAACACGUGGCGAGACUUGCCUUUCAACCCUCUUUCGCACCUGUACUAUUUCGGAACAAGGACUUGCUACUUUCAUAGCCUUCUCUCAGCUUCUCAUCUUCAGCCAAGUCUUGCAGGCAUCACUGAAGUACUGGGAGCAAAUCCUGGAUACUUAAUUUGCAUUGGUGUGUACAAAACCAUUAUGCUAACCAGUUUAAUUAAUUAAGAGUAUGAGGAAAAAGUGAGGAACAAUUUAAAAACCUGGUAAAAUUGGUAGUUUUUUAAGGCUAUGAAUUCCCAUUUAAUGUGUAUGCAGGAGGUUCAAAUACACAUUCCCUACAGCUUCAAGCACCUUCACUUUUGCACUUUCAACCACUCAACACCAAAAGCAUUGACAAUAAAAUUAAAUUGUUCCUCGCUGAUUUUGGAGUGGCACACUUCAUGACGGCAGAGUCUCAGCUUACGUGAUUUCCUUCAUGUAGAGCUUCCCUGCUAUUUAUAGGAUUUGAGUGGAAAGUUAGAUGAACAAAUCUCCUUUUCUGAUGUCAUCAAUCUUUCAAUGUGUUUGGUGAAUUGCCAGAGUCAGACUUUGCUUUGUACACAGAAUGACAUGCAAGACUGUCGCUGCCAAGGCCCUCUAUGUUAAUCUUUAUGCCUGCCAAUGUCCAAUUACAAGUCACUUGCCUACAGGCUCUGGCUACUGUCUAGAGGUGUCAUUACAUCUCUGGCAUCUGUUGCAGACUGCCACCUGGUGGAAAGACCUUUUCUGACAUCUAUCAGCUAUUAAAUGUUUUCAGUUCCCCUAAUGGUGAUGCAGCAUUUUUAUAACAAAGGCUGCAUCAGGUUGUUUUCAGUCAUCACUUUACUUUGCCUUGUUGACCAAUUAUUUGCAUUGGUUUUUGGGUCUUUUAUAAUGCAUUUAGACUCGAGUUUAUUCAUAAUGUCCUUCAAAUUGGCCCGUUAUGUCGGUUUGGGCAGAUAUUUUGAACACCUUUCAAGAUGUUUCAUCAUGAUUUGUGAGAACCUUCUGUUACAACCUAAAAUAGGUUAAACUAAGUAAAAUUGAGUUGUUGACAAUCUUGACAAAAACAAUUUGAUAUAAGCUUCACAAAAGAUAGAAUUUAUUGCAGGGCAAUGGCUUUGGAUUGGAUUUUAUGCAGUAAGAUUUUGCAACUCAACAAUGACCGACAUAAUGCCACAUUCAAGAAUAUUUCAAGUCUGUGAUCCCUGUUUAUAACACUUAAGUCACUGGUUCAGACUGACUAGAGUGCAAUGAGGACAGCCAUUUAAAAAUCACCACCUACAAGGUUUUAUUCAAUCACAUGAAAAUCUUCAGAUUCUCAGAUGGG